UUUCAGAUGUUCUAAGAAAUCUUCAGACUUGGUUGGAAAAUGACAGCUCCAGAUGAAGAAAGCGCUGUCAAAGUUGCUAUUCGUGUACGCCCGUUUAACAAAAGAGAACUCGACUUGAAAACAAAGUCUGUGGUUCGAAUUCAAAAGGAACAAUGUGUGCUUCAUCAUCCAAUUGAAGAGAAAAACUCGAAAACCUUCACAUUCGAUCACUCAUUUUGCUCCACUGACCCGCAUAGUUAUGACUUCGCAAGUCAAGAAACAGUGUCCUAUCACCUUGGAUCCGGUGUAGUGGAGAACGCAUUUUCGGGGUACAAUGCAUGCAUUUUCGCUUAUGGACAGACUGGAUCCGGAAAGUCUUACACAAUGAUGGGAACCCCUGAUCAGCCGGGAAUCAUUCCUCGUGUUUGUAAUGAUAUAUUCACGAGAAUUCAAGAAACUAGCAAUUCUUCCCUGUCGUUCAAAGUUGAGGUGUCUUACAUGGAAAUUUACAACGAAAGAGUUCGAGACUUGCUUGACCCAAAAAAAUCAAGCAAAGCAUUGAAAGUGCGUGAGCAUAAAAUACUUGGACCCAUGGUUGAUGGAUUGUCGAUUCUUGCAGUCAACUCUUUUGAGCAAAUUUCAAACCUGCUAGAAGAGGGAAACAAGUCAAGAACUGUCGCUGCAACUAACAUGAAUGCCGAAAGCUCAAGAUCACAUGCAGUUUUUAGUUUGAUUGUAACACAAACUUUGCAUGAUUUGGAAAAUGGGUUUAGUGGCGAGAAAGUUGCCAAAAUUUCGUUGGUUGACUUGGCUGGAAGUGAGAGAGCUGGGAAAACGGGAGCAGUUGGAAAACGGCUCGAGGAAGGUGGAAACAUUAACAAAUCACUAACUACACUUGGUAUGGUAAUUUCUGCUUUAGCGGAAAGAAAUUCCAAAAAAGACAAGUUCAUCCCAUAUCGAGACUCUGUUUUAACCUGGCUGCUCAAGGACUCACUUGGAGGAAAUUCAAGGACAGUUAUGAUUGCGACCCUUUCUCCAGCUGCCGAUAACUAUGAAGAAACCCUCUCCACACUGAGAUAUGCAGAUCGUGCGAAGAAGAUUGUCAACCACGCAAUUAUCAACGAGGAUCCGAAUGCAAGAGUUAUUCGGGAACUUCGCGAAGAAGUGGAGACUUUACGAAUGCAGAUUACACAAACUAAAAAAGAGCACGCUGAAACUGAAGAGCUUCGUGAAAGGCUUGCAGAGAGUGAACGUCUUGUAGCUCAAAUGAACAAGUCUUGGGAGGAACGUCUUAAAGAAACUGACACGUUGAAUAAAGAACGACAGAAGGAUCUGACGGAAAUCGGAAUUUCUAUAGAGUCCAGUGGAAUUAAAGUUGAGAAGGAUAGGUUUUAUCUGGUGAAUAUGAAUGCCGAUCCAUCAUUGAAUGAGUUGCUAGUCUAUUAUAUUAAUGGAUCAGCAAUUAUUGGAAACUCGGAGGAGCUAGAGACAAGUAGAGACUCUGGACUAUCAAUGACAUGCAGUGAUUCUUCGAGAAGAGAUGAUGACAAAGAACGAACUAGUAUUGUCCUCCGAGGUCUAGGAAUCAUGAGACGGCACGCAAAAAUGACUGUUGAAGAGUAUGGCGGGCGUCUACGCCUGUUUGUAGCCCCAAUGUCUUCGGAAUGCAGAAUCUGUGUUAAUGGAAAGCAGAUAACUGAAAGGACGCUUCUUAGAAAUGGGAAUCGGCUGCUUGUGGGCAUGAAUCACUUCUUCAAAGUUAACUGCCCGAAAGUGAUGGACAUGGAACAAUCCAUUAUGGAGGACAGCACCAUGUUCGACUACAAUGACGCUUGGCAUGAGGUUAACGAUGCGAACCCCAUCAGUUCCGCCGUUGACCAAUACAUGGAGAGUGUUACACUCAAGCACCAGGAAGACAAAAAGGCAGCUCUUGAGCAACAAUACGAAGCAUUUGAGAAAUACAUUCAGUCAUUGACUGCCGGCGGGUUUACCCCAUCUACGCCAAUGACUCCUGGUUUUUGUCUGCCUACUCCAAUCACUACACCUACCGGACUACCCCCAUUCCCUUUCCCAGCAAACCCAAAACAAUCUGUGAAAAGCAAAUUCUUCUAUUGGGCACAGAGAAAAGAAGAAAUGUUCGCGGAGUCAUUGAAAAGGCUGAAAGCAGAUGUUAUUCAUGCAAAUGCUCUUGUACGGGAAGCAAAUAUGAUUUCCAAGGAGCUCAAUAAAAAACCAAAGCGUCAAACCACAUAUGAUGUGACACUGCAAAUUCCAGCUUCAAACUUGAGACCGAUUAAAAUCAAAGCUGGGCAAUUUGUUUGUGAGCCAGUGAUAGUCGUUCGUAGAGAAGGAAUGAGUGGAAGUCAAUUCUGGACUGUUUCUCAGCUUGAGAGCCGUCUUGUUGACAUGAGAGAUACUUAUAAUGAUAUGCUAAAUGGAUUCACAAGAACCAGCGAGUCUUUGAACGGCACACCUCAUGCAUCACCAAUGAAGAUAGCCGGAAUUCCAAUGAAUGAGUGCUCAUCUCUAGUCAUUGACCCAUUCUUCGAAAGCCAAGAGCACCAUAAUUUAGUUGGUGUUGCAAAUGUGUUUUUAGAAGUGUUGUUCCAUGAUCUCCGUCUCGAUUAUCAAGUCCCAAUUAUUUCGCAGCAAGGGGAAGUUGCUGGGCGUCUUCAUGUGCAAAUUUUUCGCGUGGUAACUCAGGAAGAGAUGGAUGAAACUUCCAAUAAUGGACCAGAGACACUUCUUGGCAAAACGAUCACUUGUCGGGUACGAAUCAAGCGCGCAUCUGGUCUUCCGGAAAAACUAUCAAACUUUGUGUUUUGUCAAUAUUCAUUUUUCAACAUUUCUGAACUACUUGUGGUUGCCCCAGCAAACGAAGCUGCUAAUCAUUCAUCUUGUCCAACUACUGUGAUUUUCGAACAUCAAAGAGAUUUCAAUGUGAUGGUCACGGAAGAAUUUAUGGAGUAUGUUAGAGAUGAUGCGUUGUCUAUUGAAGUAUGGGGACACAGAAUAUGCGGACAUCCUGAAGAGCGAAUUUUGGACACUGAUGAAAAAUCCAAGUCUUUGCAAAACCGAUGGAUGGAAGUUACCAGGCGUUUAGAAACGUGGUCAGAGGUGCGAGAAUUGAAUGAUAAUGGAGAUUGGACGAGUGUGGAAGUCCGACAUGCAGAUGACGUAUCGACUGGCGGUAUAUACCAAUUAAAGCAAGGUCAGCAGAGAAGAUUGGUUGUGGGUGUGAAUGUUGCUGCGCCUGAUGGGUUGCCUAUCAGCAUUGAUUGUAUUACUUCUGUUAGCAUUGGGGCGAUUAUGGCUGUAAAAUCAACGAACAACUUGAAAUCGAUCGACAGCUACCAGGAAGAAGACUUGGAUAAGAUUAGAAAACAAUGGUCACAUGCAUUAAAGUCACGACAGUAUUAUCUUCAACAUCAACUUGACUCUCUUUCUGCCAAAUCAGGAAAAUCCGAGGCUGAGCUGGACCGUGAGCAUUCUCUAAUGGGACAAUGGGUAGCAUUGACUGAGGAAAGAACAGCCGUCGAAUGUCCAACACCAAAUUCGUGUAUACCAGGAGCACCAUGUGAUUGGAUUGCCCCUGAAGGAGUGGAACGACAUAUCCCAGUAUUAUUCUUAGACUUAAACUCCGACGAUAUGACCGGUGAAAUGACAAGUGAUGAGAAUGUGCCGCGUGUUGCUGGCUUACACUCCAUGCUUCCACUUGAGCCAGAGGGCAACUUGCUGAUGGUUCCAAUUCAGAAGUAUGAUGACAAAGAUCAUGUGGCAACAUGUUCCUGGGAUUCAUCAGUUCAUGAUUGUCCGGCACUCAAUGUUCCUACUAACAGCAAUGAUCGUGUGUACGCAAUUGUCAAGAUUAUGGUGAGACUAUCACACCCAUGUCCAAUGCACAUUGUGCUGAGAAAGAGAAUAUGCUUACAAAUUUACAAAAAACCAAGCCUAACAGAAAAGUUUUUCAAGAAGAUGCUGGGCACCGAGACUAUUCAUAGAACUUCUUUAUACUAUGAUGUAGUUGCUCAUAUUCCGAAGUCUUCGCAAGAUAUGGAAGACCGGUCUUCACUGGCAAUGAUGGCUGCGAAGGAUACAUCUCACGACGAGCAGGGCGGUGGCUCAUCUCGAAGCUCCACUUCAUCCACGGAAUCACAACACCAGCAGCAGACCCUUAAUUACAUUGAAGCCUACACAAAAAGUAUUCAGGCGGUCGAGUCAAUGUUGAAACUGGAUAGACUUCGCCAAGAAGUAGCUAUUACCAAUAUGCUUACUAAGAAGGAAAGGCUGCAACGUAUUCAAAAUUUCGGACUACCAAUGCAUUCUUUGAGGAUGAACAGAGCAGUCAGUUUGCCAAAUGCAAUUUCUAAUGCUGGACAGAUUAAUGGAGUAGAAAAACGAUCCGACACGCCAAUGAGUAUAUCCUCCUCCAAUUCAAUGGCGCGACCUACAUCUCUUAAUCUGAAACCUCUUUGCAUUGGAAAGUUGACGAGCAUCAUAAGCCCGUACAACGAUAAACUGACAGGGAUUAUGGAAGAGUCUAACUCUCUGAGAAUUGAGACUGUCCCAACCCGUUCUUCCACAGUACCAGAAACAAUGUGCUUCUCAGCGGCUAAGAAAUUGUCACCAACGGAAGAUGUAAAAAACGGAAAUGAGAAUAGCAGCCCUACCCGUACUGCAACAAAUGGCACGUCCAUGGGAGUUAACCUCUGCCUUCCACUAGAUAACAACAACCAAUUUGCGUCAAAAAAAAUGCAAAAUGGAGACCUGGUGGAUCUCAAAAUCAACUAAAUACGAUGCCUCAAUAGUACAUGUCAACUUAUAUUUUGCUUUAAAAUCGGGACAAGAAACUGACUAAACCAACAUGAUAAACACGAUUCAUUUGACUGCAAUGAAGUCAAGAUAUUCUUAAUAUUAUUGUAUAACUGCUUUACCGGCUGUGACUUUUUCUUUGCUUUUUCAUUCCAGUGGUUUUUACUCAUUUGUGCUUUGUUUUUUCUUCACUGCAGGUGUUAGACCGCAAUCCUACUUUGUAAUUUGUUCUACAAUGAAUAAAUGAAAUUUUCAUACUUU